AUGGCGCCGACUCCACCGCCCAAGAACCCCCCGCCCGUGAUCAGGCAUCACCAGGACUCGUUCACAGGCGCGCAACCCGUCUCGAUCGUCGGUCGACGACCAGGCUCGAGCGGGACUGGCGCAUACACGGGAGUGCCGGCUCCGUUCAGUACGGCGGGUGCUGGAGCGGCGGGGUCGAGCGGCUCAAGGACUAUUGGUGGACCGAUGGCGCUGCAGAAUCCGCAGGCUGCGGCGUAUCAGUACCAACAGCAGCAGCAGCAGCGUCAGCAGGAGCCACCGUCUGCUAGCUCGUCCUCCCAGCAACAGCAGCAGCAACAGCAGCGCCUGAAUUUACAGCCUGGACGGAGCGCGCCUGCUCCGCCUGGCUCGACGAACGGGCAUGUCUACGACGCGGACAACAAGCGCAACUCGUAUGGCGGCGGCGCAGCUCGUUCUUCUUACCUCCCUUCGAGCGGGCGACCGCCGUUCGCUUCAGCGAACUCGUCUGCGUCGUUCCAGCCUAGCCGACCUGCGCCGCCUGUUCCCGCCUCGUCCGCUUCGUCUGCCGCUUCUUCGCCCGCACGAAACUAUCCCGGCGCUACCUCGAACCUCCCCGGCGGAUCGUGGGAGAUGGUCAACGACGACUCGUCUCCGCCCGCCGCGCCGCCGAAACGACCCCCUCAUCCCUCGAGCGGGAUGUCGCAUUCCUACCGCGACAUGUCCGAUGCGCUUCCUUCUCCUUCGUCUUCUUCUCCCGCUUCUUCGCGCCCCAGCCAGCCUCCAUACGCACACCACCAACCCUCGCAUUCGAUCGCCCAGUCCUAUUCGCUCCUCACCGACCCCGCCACCUCAGCCGCAACAAACCUCUCGAUGCUCGACACCUCCUCCUCAUCAGGUCGUCCUCCCUCGCUCGCCGUCCCCUCCCCAGGCGGUCUCUCACCUGGCGGCGCAGCCCUCACGCACCGUCCCUCGAGCGAAGGGACCGACUACGUCUCUACUUCCGCAGCCGGGACGCGCGCUGCUUCGGCAGAAGGAGCGGCGCAGGGGACGAGUACGCCGGGCACGGCGAGUAGUGCGGGUACCGGGCAGAGGUAUAGCGGUGAGAGGGACGGCGCGGGGACGACGAAAGAGGGGAAGAAGAGUAAAGGCUUUGGGAGCUUUUUCGCGGAUGUCUUUUCGAAUACGGGAGGAGGGGGAGGGAGGAAGGUCGAGAUCUCGACGCCUUAUGAUCCGGUUCACCUCACGCACGUCGGGUUCAACUCGGAUACCGGCGAGUUCACCGGUCUCCCGAAAGAGUGGCAGCAGCUCCUGCAGAAUGCCGGCGUUUCGCGAGAAGAGCAAGCGGCGCAUCCUCAAGCCGUCGCCGAGAUCGUCGCCUUCUACCAAGACGCGACGAAGGGUCUCACCGCCCCUCCCGGCGCAGAGCAGGACGACGUCUGGGACAAGUUCCGCAAGGCGUCUGGGUCGGCGCAGGGAGGGCAGGGUCCGCCGGGUCCGGGUCAGGGGAACUUUGAGCAGCCGAGAGCUGCGCCGCCUCCGCCGCUGCGGAAGGCGCCUGGACCGCCGCCUGGGGUUGCACCGGCGCCUGCGCCUCAACGACCCGCCCAGCCUCCGUCGUCUCAGCAGUCACGGUACGAGCGCGAACGGUCAGCCGAGCGACUCGGUGCCGAAGGACCUGGCAGUCUCCCGACUUCGCCUGAUCGACGAGCACCCUCGCCCGGUGAAGCGCUGUACCGCUCACAAAGCGCUCGGGCAUCACCGACUCCGCCUCCUUCCAGCGCUGCCGCCUCGACGCUCAACAAGGCCAAGCUCGCACUCGAGCGGGCGCAGAGUCAGCGCGCGGCAGGGGGGAACGCCCUUCCCGCACCUCCUCCAGCUCCGCACCGUCCCGCUCCGCCUAAACCUCCCGGUCCCGCCGCGCAACAACAACUCGCGACCAAGCCUUCGCUGCGCAAGCCGGCGAAUCUUGAUGGGGAUGUGGCGAAGCCUGGGGGACCUGGUGCGCAGCCGAGAAGGAGGGAGCCGAAGAGUAAGGGCAAGGAUCCGGAUAUCGUCGAGCGCCUCAAGGCUAUUUGUACGGAUGCCGACCCGACCAAGCUCUAUCGCAACCUCGUCAAGAUCGGACAAGGAGCGUCGGGCGGCGUCUACACGGCGUAUCAGGUCGGCACGAACAUGUCGGUCGCGAUCAAGCAGAUGAACCUCGAGCAGCAGCCGAAGCAGGACCUCAUCAUCAACGAGAUCCUCGUCAUGAAGGAGUCGCGGCAUCAGAACAUUGUCAACUUUAUCGACUCGUUCCUCGUCAAGAACGACCUCUGGGUCGUCAUGGAGUACAUGGAGGGCGGCAGCUUGACCGACGUCGUCACGGCGAAUAUCAUGUCCGAAGGCCAGAUUGCCGCCGUGUCACGCGAGGUCCUCCAGGGCCUCAAGCACCUCCACGAGCACGGCGUCAUCCACCGCGACAUCAAGAGCGACAACAUCCUCCUCAGCAUGCAGGGCGACAUCAAGCUCACCGACUUUGGCUUCUGCGCCCAGAUCAAAGGCGACAACGCCAAGCGGACGACGAUGGUCGGCACGCCGUACUGGAUGGCGCCCGAGGUCGUCACGCGCAAGGAGUACGGUCCCAAGGUCGACGUCUGGUCGCUCGGCAUCAUGUGUAUCGAGAUGAUCGAGGGCGAGCCGCCGUACCUCAACGAGGCGCCCCUCCGCGCGCUCUACCUCAUCGCGACGACGGGCUCGCCGGCCAUCCCGAACGCCGAGCAGCUGUCGGUCGUCUUCCGCAGCUUUCUGGGCGUCGCCCUCGAAGUCGACACGGAUAAGCGACCCGACGCCGCACAACUCCUCCAGCACAGCUUCAUCUCGAAGUCACAACCCCUUACGACCCUCACCCCACUCAUUCAGGCCGCACGACAAGCGGCGAAAUCGAAGGCGUGA